CACUUCAAAAAGAUGGCGGCAGAAAAGAAAAAAGCUCAUAGCAGAUUCUUGUUCACCGACGACAACGGAGAACCCCUUAUAUUUUACAUGCGGCCAUGUGCCCAAAAAGUGACACUUAAACCUUUAGUAGAGGAUGGAGGUGGAGGGAUGACGGUGAAAGUGACAAGAAAAUGCAUCAAACUGGCAGUAGAGGCAGACCAAAUUUCAUCUGAUGACUAUAUAUCUUCAAAGUACAUACAUGAUUGUGUGGAAAGUAAUAAGCUGUUGGCUAUGGACAAGUAUAGGUUAAAACCUAAGAAGCGCAGUGCUGACCUUUCUGUUGACGAGAUAGAUGUGCCAGAUGACCUCAGUCCAGCCUCCAAGAUACAGAGAACAGAAGCACUUCCAUUAGGACGCUCCAGAUAUUCCUUGCAAGAUGACCUGGCUAUUCUGAAGCACUUUGAGAAGAACAGAGAACUUGCUUCCAUGAUCAACGGCCUGAAGAUCUGGAAAGAUAUGAGUUCACUCAAGGUGACUGAACAUUCAGCCGAGUCAAUGAAGGACAGAUUUAAGAAGCGAAUUCUGCCUAUCAUAGAUUCAUACCAUGUUUCCAGUAGUGUCAAAUUUUUAUUGACAAAGAAAACAAAAUAUCUUGCAGAUUCAGAUCACCUGAUAAAAGAAAAAACACAGAAGUCUGCUCCACAAACUACUCCUAAGAAAAGAUUGACUUUGAGUGACAAUACAGAUUCAUUUGACCAAUUUCUGUUGGAUAGCAUCGCCAAUUCUCCAAAAAAGGGAAGUAACCCACCCCGAACACUACAGGUGGUGUUAAAAGAUGUGAUCAGUCCGAAAUCAGGUAAAGGAAAGGCCUCACCUAUAAAAGAAACGGUUCAUGUAUCCCCGUCAAAAAACAAUUCAAAAGAAAAUAAGGAAGCCACAAAAGAAUGGCAAUCGAAACAAAAACCAGCACAACAUCAUGACAUGUUUAGUGAUAAAACUGAGUCAACAAAACCAGGGUUAAAAAAACCAGCACAACAUCAUGACAUGUUUAGUGAUAAAACUGAGUCAACAAAACCAGGGUUAAAAAAAACAUCACAAACAUCCAACUUGCCAAAAGUCCAGUCUCCAAGGACAACAAAGGAAAUUGAUCAACACGGAGGGCAUGCUCUAAGGAAAAGAAAGUUGACCGAUACCAAGCAUUCGAAUGACACCGCAUCACAGCUAAAUAAGAAUGCAUCUAAUGUUAGACUAAAGAAAAAACCUAAAACAGACAUCAAUCAACCCAGCAUGAUGGAAUCACAGUCAGAUAACAGCUUUAAAAAGAAAACACCCCCAGGUUUAACAAGGAAAAACAUUUUAGAUUCGAAUGGACCUGAUUCUACUCCUGAUAAAGCUAAACGGCUGAAUUAUGUAAUGGAGAAAUUCUUAGAGUCCCAAGAUGGUAAGAUUUUCCAACUGCAAUAUUUUGAUGAGGUCACUCCACCAGAGCAUUUUGUCCAUGACUCAGAGAAAUUAAACAGUGACGAUGACGAGGAUGGAGAGAAAAAUGUGCAGGAGGAUGAGAUUGAAGACACGAUCGGCUUAGUUCAGAAGCUGAUGAAGCAAUAUCGUCUGACAGCUAAGCAGGUACUACAUGCCUUCUACAUCAAUAAUGGCCGCUGUGAGGACACUGUCAGCUGGAUAGAGACCGGCCUCGACACAGCAGGUUUACCAGCCUGGGAUCACCGUGACGACAGGAGGCUGAGGUCUGACGAUUGGAAUGCUUUAGAAACACUCAAGGAAAAGUAUGGUUUAAAAAGAGUCAAUAAUAGACUGCUAUUUUUGGAGGGACUGUGACAGUUGAAAAACCAGCCUGAGCACCAAUCACCAAUAAGCUGUUCCUGGGGAAGUGGAGGUACAUGACUGGGAAGUUUUUACCAAUUGCCUUGGACUCCGUCUUCGAAAUCCACAAAUUCCACUCUUUAUAUAUCUUCUCUGCUUCCCUGGAAUCUGUCAUUACAAAAUUGAAGGCUCAUGGUACGCUUUUUGAUCAGUUUCAGGUAUAAAAACUUUACCAAUCACGAGGCUGAUUGAUACCUGUCCUUUGAUGAUGACGGGAGCUACACCUGUCGAUUUUACCGUUACACUACUGCAGGGCCUUUUGAUGUACGUCAAAAUAUCGGACCAUUUUUUCUUGUAUCACUGUCACAAGGUGUUGCAUAAAGAGCAUUCAGUUUUGCCAUGACAUUAUCCAGGGGUGCAGAAAAGAGGUGUGGUGUAUCGUUAGCAGAACCUUUAAAUGUGUAGUGUAAUUACGACACACACCAGAGAUGCAAAUUAAUUAUCUCAACUUAAUAAACAAAUGUUAUGAUUUAAAAAAAAUCAAAUGUUACUACUAUUUGAACAGUUGAAUACCUACUCUUGCUUGAAAUAGGGGGAAACAUACAGUAAAAGUGAAAAAAAUCAGCGUGGGAAUGCUCACAUAAAUUUGAUAUAUAAUUUAUUUAGCAUAACAGA